UAUCAUCAAUUGUUUGGACGAUGCACCACUUUUUCACGUUAUACAAAGUUAAACCUACCGGCGUCUGUUGUCUAUCAUAUCAUUUUCCAUUGCUCUUGAAUUGUAAUUGUAAUUUGUAUUGAAGAGAGAAGAUAAGCACUGUGAUUAGCUGAGCUGAGCGGAGUAGGGGAAUUGUAGGAAUGGCAGCUGAAGCUGUGCUUACUUUUGCUGCGGAGGGAAUACUGGAAAAGGUGCUUUCACUUGCUAAGAAAGAAUUCAGUCUUGCAUGGGGUUUCAAAGCUGAACUUCGAAAGCUUGGAGACUCAUUCACCAGCAUUGAACUUUUAUUGAAUGAUGCUGCCCACAAACCACAAGCUCCGGCAAUAGAGGACUGGGUGAAGAAACUCAAAGGCGUAGCUGAAGAUGCUGAGGAUGUCUUGGAUGAAUUCAAGUACGAAGUUGAUCGGCGUAAAGUCGAAAUCCAAAACCAUAUGAAGAGAAAGGUUCUGAACUUCUUUUCAGUCUCCAAUCCACUUGCAUUUCGUCUUCAAAUGGCGCAUAAAAUUCAGAAGAUCAAUGCAUCCUUGGUGGAUCUCGAGAGGAAAGCAUCUCCUCUUGGACUAGUUUCCAGGAAUACAGAUGCAACCUCUCAGGGGAUUAGAUGGGAUAGACAAACCAACGCAUUCUUUGGCAAAGAUGAAAUACCCGUUGGAAGGAAAGCUGAUGUGUCAAAAAUAGUCACAACCUUGACCGACUCCAAAUACAAUGAAGAAAAUCUUGCGGUCAUGGCGAUUGUGGGUAUGGGAGGCCUCGGAAAAACAACAUUGGCCAAGUCAGUUUACAAUGAGGAUUCGAUACACAAGUUUUUUGAAAAAAAAAUUUGGAUUUGUGUAUCCGACGCUUUUGACGUCAAUUUCAUCCUACAUCAAAUGUCAGAACAGCUUAAUCGGGGAAAAGCUCCUUCUAAAGAUAAUCAGCAUACUCUGCUUUUGUCACUUGAUGAAGAGUUGAAAGAUAAAAAAUACUUACUCGUACUUGAUGACGUUUGGAACGAAGAUUCCAAACUAUGGGAGAGUUUCAUGGAAUGUUUGUCAAAGCUUAGUUCUGCUAAAGGAUCCAAAAUUAUUGUCACCACUCGCAAAGAUAAAGUCGCAUCAAUCUCAGAAAAGCUACUUCCGCGACAUGAAUUGGGAAAACUUUCUGUGGAUGAAUGUUGGUCCAUCAUGAAAAAUAGAGCUUUCACCAAUAACAGUGAUCCUGAGUUUGAUACAAUUGGAAGGGAGAUUGCUGAAAAUUGCGGUGGUGUUCCAUUGGUGGCAAAGGUUUUGGGAGGCAUUUUGCGCACUAAAAAAAGCAUUGAAGAAUGGUCGUUGUUUAAAAACAGUAGAAUAUGGAACAACUUACCGAAAGGAGAAGAUGGAAUUAUGCCAGUCCUGAGGUUGAGUUUUGACAAUUUAGAAUCACCAUCAUUGAAGCAAUGUUUUGCAUAUUGCUCAAUGUUCGAGAAAGACUUUGAAAUUGAAAGAGACAACUUGAUUCAACUUUGGAUGGCUCAAGGACUACUCCGAGCUUCGCAUGACGAAAGUAAAGAUAUGGAGGACACAGGCAAUGAGUAUUUUGAUAUUCUAUUGCAGAGCUCCUUGUUUCAAGAUGCUACGAUGGGUGACAAUGGCAUUGUUACCGAAUGCAAGAUGCAUGAUCUUGUGCACGAUUUGGCAGAACUUGUGUCCAAAUCUGAAAGCUUGAUGGGAGACUUAUGUGGCAGAGAUAAUACACUUGAGUUUCGACAUGUUGCUCGGGUUUCUACUUCUACACUGGAAAAUAUCGCAACAAGAAGUGCUAGGAAAUUGCGGUCGCUGUUUUCGGACAACGGUGAAGUUCCUGCUAACAUUUUUCCACGGUUCAAAGCUUUACGUGUCUUGAAUUUAAGUGACGCUAAUAUUGAAGAAUUUCCAGUUUCAGUUGGAAGGUUGAAACACUUGAGGUAUCUUGACAUUUCUUGGACAAGAUUCAAAGCACUCCCCAAAUCUAUAGGCAAGCUCUAUAACCUUCAGACAUUAAGAGCAGUGAAUUGUGCCCUUGAAGAGUUUCCGAAAGAACUGCAAAACUUGAUCAACCUGAGACAUAUUUAUUUUGAUGAGGAUAUCAAAUUCCCACAAGGGAUAGGACAGUUGACUUGCCUUCGAACAUUACCUUACUUUUCGGUGGGUAAUGAGAUUGGUCGUCGAAUUGAAGAGUUGGCUGGCUUGAAACAAUUGAAGGGUGAAUUAAUUGUUUGUAAUUUGGAGCACGUAAAGAAUGGAGAAGAAGCAAAGAAAGCUAAGUUAGAGGAUAAGACGAAAGUACACCAUUUGAGCUUCAAUUGGACUGCAGAUAGGUCAACAACUGACAACAACGUGGAGGAAGAUGUCCUAGAAGGCCUCCGACCACAUCUUGAGUUGGAAAGCUUAAGUAUUGAAAACUUCAUGGGCGAUAAGUUUCCAACGUGGAUGAUGAGUGGGUUGCUCAACAACUUGAAGAAGAUUAAGUUAAGUGAAUGCAACAAAUGUGAAGUAGUCCCACCGCUCGGUCAUCUACCCAAUCUUACGGAGCUUAUUAUUAGAGGAAUGGCUAACUUGAAAUGUGUUGGAGCUGAGUUCUAUGGUUAUGAUCUUGUCCACAAUGUAGCCACGACAAGUGAGGAGAUAAUUACUUUAUUUCCAGCGCUAAAAGUAUUAUAUAUUUCUAAGUGUGGUGAUCUAAAUGAAUGGAAGCAAGCACCAACAAUGUCAAGAAAAAAAGUUGUGGUUUUUCCUUGUCUUGAGAAGUUGAGAAUAUGGGAAUGCGAUGGAUUAUCAGGCCCAUUGAGUUUAUGGGCCUCUCUCGUGGAAGUGAGUAUAGAGAAUUGCAAUGGACUAUCAGGCCCAUUGAGUGUAGGGACCUCUCUCGUGGAAUUGAGAAUACGGAAAUGCAAUAAUCUGACAUCAAUUGAAAUGAAAGGCAAUGUGUCCCUCACCGCCUCUCUUCAGAAAUUGACAAUCAGGGAUUGCAGUGAAUUAGCAAGCUUACCUGCUCUUCCACAACUGUGUCCCUCUCUUCAGGAAUUGGAGAUAGGGGGUUGCCCAAAGCUAUCAUCGUUUGGUGUCAAAAGUAGCAGAGCUGAGAAGGAGGAGGAGUGCAUUAGCCUACAAUCUACUUCAGACUUGCGCACCAUGACCUCCCUUCGACGACUACAUAUUAGUUUAUGUGAAAGAUUAGAAAGUUGGGUGAGCAGCCUACAAUUCCCACUCUCUCUUGAGACGCUGGAAAUACAUGAUAUGCCUAAUUUACACAUUCUUCCAAGUUUAGACCACCUCCAUUCUCUCCGUACUUUGUUGAUUGGAAAUUGUGAAAGAUUCGAAAGUUGGGUGAGCAGCCUACAAUUCCCACUCUCUCUUGAGACCCUGUCAAUACAUGAUAUGCCUAAUUUACACAUUCUUCCAAGUUUAGACCACCUCCAUUCUCUCCGUAGUUUGUGGAUUGUAAAUUGGCGAAACCUAAAAUAUCUGCCAACGGGGCUACAGUGGCCCACUGGCUUGGAGACAUUGACUAUCGGUGGGUUCUGGGAGAAGCUCGAUUCCUUCCCUGAUUUUGAAGUUGGAUCAUUAAUGCAUCUUACAAGCUUAUACUUGAAGGGUUGGCCUAAGCUCAAGUCUCUGCCUCAACAAAUUCAACACCUCACUUCUCUAACAAUUUUGUUCAUAUCUUCAUUUGAGGGAGUGGAGACUUUGCCAGAAUGGUUGGGUAGCCUUACAUCCCUUACACAACUUUACUUUCAAGAUUGCAAGAAUCUGAUGAAUUUACCAAGUGUCCAAGCUAUGCAACGCCUCACCAAAUUACAAACCCUGUGGAUUAAUAAAUGUCAUCCCCUUCUAGAGGAAAGAUGCAGGAGGGACAGCGGCACAGAUUGGCCUAAGAUUUCUCACAUUCCAAAUAUCACAAUAUUCUGAGACAAGAGUUGGAUUGAAGCUAUGCAACGCCUUGCGAUACUACAACAAAUGUGUAUUGGGAAAACCAAAUUUCAUGGUGUGCAAGGCCACACUUCUCCGAGAUUACUUGUAUUCCAAUUUUAUGGCUCAAACUCGCGCAUUGAAAUUAAGUCGUUGCCAUCUAUAUUUCUUUUGGUAUGCUGUGGCGUUUUUCAUGAUGCUCGAUAGCUGUAAACUGACUCCAGGUAAAAGAAUCUUCAAUUACUCAAUAAUUUUCAAGCCUGCAAUUCCCACUCUCUCUUGAGAUGCUGACAAUAAGAGACAUCGCGAAUUUAGAGAGUCUUCCAAGUUUAGACAGCCUCCAUUCUCUCCGUUAUUUUUCGAUGUCAUCCCCUUUUAGAGGAAAGAUGCACCAGGGACAGCGGCACAGAUUGGCCUAAGAUUUCUCACAUUCCAUAUUUCACAAUUGAGGUCUGUGACAAUACUCGGAUUGAAACUACGCAACUGGAAUGAUGUAGUGCAGUAGGUGCAAACAGAGUCCAGAACAUUCAAGAUCUUGAGACUUUUUGGGAUUCUGUGAGAAAGUUAGUUGAAUUGCAAGUAUUGAGAGAUAUUAUUGUUGGUGUGUCCCAAAUUAAAAUCAUGGAUUAAUGACUUUUUAUCCCGAUGAACAUUGUAGCACUUCCCUUAGUCAUUUGAUUCUUGGAUAAUGAGGAAAGUGGAGCAAAUGUUAUUCCAAGACUUGUUAGCUGAGGGAUUUGGAUUCAGUUGGCUUUUGUCUCUGUGAACUUGAUGAACAGAAUGUACACAUACUAUUGCAGAAAUUAGGCAGAAUUGGAAUCCAAUCAAAACUCAUGCAUGGAUCAAUAUCAUUCUUCAACUUCAAUCGUGUUUCCUUAUCAUCAAACCUUAAUUUGGAUACAAAUUGAAGCUUGGGCUUCCUAGCGUCCUUUGUACCCUGCAUUGAUGUGAACGUCUGUAAAAUCAGCUCCAGUAUAUAAGGUCCAUAUUGGAUACUUUGGGUCACUCGUCCUGUUACCAUUGUCUCAACACCACAGUAUUCUACAGAUUCUUCGGGCUGUGAAGUUGUGUUGUGGCCGAUGACGUCAGCAUAGGCCUUGCAGCAGACAGUUGAUGGAAUGAAGUGUAUCAUAACCAAAAGUACACAGCUGAAGAAGACUUCCACAAUGCAGAUUUAGUCUUUGACUUCAUUGGAGAUCUCCCGGAGGAGCGAAAUUUCAUUCAGUGCCGGUCCUCCAUCUACAAUACCUCUUGAUGGUGAUUAGGGUUUCAGCUAGGAUAAUAGACAAAUGACAGUCUGCGUUCGAUAGUAAUCCUGCUGUAGAUAUUGCUGUUGAAGUAGCAUUUCGAUUGUAUACAAGUUUUUCUCGUUAUUCAUGAUUGUAUAUAGAGUCAAAGGAUUAUAUGCAACUUUUUUCUUUCUUUUGAAAAUGAUGACUCAAUGUUGUUUA